AUGGCUACUACGAGGGGAGGAUUGACGAGGAGGAAAGGAAAAGGAAAAGAAAAAGGGGAAGAGAGUUCAAGAGGGAUUAUGCCCACUGAUGAAGGGAGUUCAAGAGGGAUUACGCCCACUGCUGCGCAAAGAUAUGCUAUGAGCGAGUCAGAUAAUGAGGUAUGUGGAGAUGAAAAAGUGAUUGUUAGGAUAACUGUUAGUCAUUGCUAA